GUUGAACGUAUUUAUGAGAAUUGAUUUUACCACGGAACUCAGAAUGUAUAUCUGUCAUUGUUCAUAAAGCACGUGGAUUACUGCGUUACGAAAUUUUGAUUUUUAUUCGUCAGUGAUUACAAAAUGACUUUCCCUGAAGAAUUUGAUGUUCUCGUGGAUUCAAACAGAAAUGAUGUAAACAAUUUGGGAUUUGCGUUGAAAGAAGUCUUGAAAAAAGGUCAAAAAGAGGACAGAGUUGUUGCUGGUGUUUAUGAAUGUGCUAAAAUAUUACAGAACUCUCCAGAAAAUGUUGGGCUUUGCUUGCUUCAAAAUAAAACAGAAGAUGUUACUGUGCAAAUUCACCAGAAACUCGUGGAGGCAUUUUGCUGGGAAAACGACAUUGAAGUCAUCAAGGUCGAUUGUUUGAAAACUGUUGAAAGCGUGCUUUCACCAACAAAUAUAGGAGAUGGCAGUGUAGAAAUCGACUGUGUUCUGAUACACAAUGAUACUUCAGACAGCAUUGAAGAGUUUAUCAACAAUUAUUACGCCAUGUUAGCGACACAGUGUACAGUUGUCCGGAUACCUGAUUGAUGAUAGUUACAGUUCAUAUGACCUUUCACCAGGAAGCCAAACCUGGAUAUUUAGAUGUCAUUAAAGAACCGUUACUUAUACGACCACUAUAGAGUUCCAGUGACCUAUGCACCUGAUAAUAUGACCUGGUGAUAGCAUUUUGCUGUACAGAAACUCGCCAAUGGUAAUCAAUGAAAACAUGCACUCCAAACACGGAGUCAGGAGGAGUAUGCAGUACUCAUUUGGUUUCUCGAAAACUGUGUAACAUUUCACUACUGACUAUCGUUAUUAUUAAUACAAAUCUGUAUUUAUAUCAUUUAUUUAUAUGCUAAUAAAAGUUUUAUAGUCUCUU